UUGAAAAAAGCAGUACUACUCGUCCUCCAGUAACUCCCAGCACAUCUGAUGAUGAUGACGCUGCGGAAGCAGGUCCAUCAAAAGAAGUCUGGAGCAGCAGAAGUGGGACUUCUGUAAGACAUCACCACAAAAAACCUGUGGCAGCAAAGAAAGCAAGGUCUGAUGUCCAGGGCCAACCACAGCAGGCUACCCCGCCACGAAGAUUAUCGACAGUAUGUUCGGUCCCCCCACUCCAAAUUUUGGACACACCUCCAAGACGUCAUCCACACUCCCCUCAUCUUGAUUCUUCUAGUCCUGGUAACAGCAUCCCUCCGCAACAACAGCAACACAGUGACAUGGAGGAGACAAUCAUCUUAGAAAUGCAGCCAUUAUGCCAAGGAAUCAGCCCCCCAGCCCCUGUGAGUACACCACCACAGCAAAGCACACCACCACCACAACACAGCCCAACAACACCAGUAACACAAGGCCCUGAUCAGGUGUUUUGGACUAUUUGGGCUAGACAGCAGGCCACUAAUGAAGAUUGCCUGCGUAGGCAGACACAAAUGUUUGCAAGCCUACCAUGUCACCUCAGAAGAAUAACCAGAAAUCUGAGUAGACAAAAUGAACAAACAACCAGAAUUGGCAAUACCAUGGAACUCAUGCGUACAGACAUUACACAGGUCAUGGGCAACUUACAGCGCAUAAUGGAAGAACAGCACAGACUAAUGGAAGAACAGCACAGACAACAGCAAAGUUAUAUGAACAUUUUUCAAAACAAUCAAAAGAUUCAUGAAAGUUUAUUUCGAAUUGUAGACAAUCAAAAUGCUGCUACACGUGAACUCAAUGCCACCCUCACUAACCUGAAUGAAACACUCAGAUCCAUGCACCAACAGCAAACAAGCAGCAGUUCUGGUACGACUACUCCAAAUAUCACGCCAGUCUCAUCACCACGAAGACGCUCCACCAGAGCACGACAACAUGACAGUGCUAAAGGCAAAGGGCAGGACAAGCAGGCACCCAAAAAAAAUUAACACAAAACAAACAAAUUUUACAUUUCUGAGAAGUAAUUCAAAAUAGUUAGUAAGUGUAUGUUUGGCAAAAUAUAUAUAACACUUAGCUCCUUGAAAAUUUAUACAACAUCAUUAAUUAUAAGUGGUACAAACAACAGCAUAAAAUUUGUACGCACAUUUAUUCUUUACCAUCUUGUUGUUGGAGCUGCACAUACAUGUUAGCAGGAAGUAACCACACCACUUGAUUUUUUUCUAAUCAUUACUCUUUCUAGAUUCCAAUCAUUCUCAUAUCCUGCAGCCAAUCCACAUUACAAUGUGAUUGUUAACUAUUUUACCUUUCUUCUCUAUACAACAUUACAAGAAUAACACAAUUGAGUUGCGUAAAAAGCUUUUAAUAUGUUGUCAUUGAAUUGAGAUAAUUCAUUGCCAAAAUGAAUGUCAUUAUUGUUGGGCCAUGUUUGUGUGUGUUAAAAAUGAGUAAUCAUGUUAUUACACAUGAUGCAGAAACCCAAAAAUAAUACAUUUUUAACCAAAUAAAUAAUAAUGUGUAUAAUAAUGUGUAUAUGUGGCAAACUGUGUAUUUACUUACAAAUCGCAAGUUUACUGCAGCAAACAUUACGAAAUAA